AACAUUCCGAGAGCUAUUAACACAUCCAUAUAUAUGAAUUGGCCAAUGGGGACGCAUUGCUCAUUAAGCCCGCCCACCCGACAGGUUUGUGUCCAAAAAAGUCGCGCAGAAAUUGGAAGGCGAGCAAAAAGUCAGGCAGCACGAAAGCAAAUAUGGAACGCGCCUGACGGCCGUCGAUCGAGGGAAGCUGACCUUCCGUGUGCUGACAUGUCCCCAAGAUGUUCCUGUCCGUGCUGAUCGGCAGGAGAUUGGACGCAGCUGUUCCCAAGCUCUUCCUCCGAGUCCGGGAGCAGCUCCCGGACGGGGACGCGAGGUUGCCGAGUCAUGGACGAGUCCGCCCUGGAGCGUUACUUCGAUGACUCCAUCGCAAACGACUCUGGCUUCUCGACCGAGCGGGAGCCGCCGCCCGACUCCGCUCGGGUUUCGACCCCCGUCCCGCGGUCCCCGAAGUCGACGGCGGACGACCUGGACUUCAGCUUCCUGCCUGAUGAGCUGAGCGUCAGCACGCAAGACACGGAAGGAAGCGCCGCGUGUCAGCACGUCGACGUGGGCCUGGCGUCGCCCCGGCGAGCUGAAGAAGACGACAAACCUUCCUCCUCAUCCUCGCAGUCGGCGAACACCGGCGCCGUCUUCUGCCCCAUGACCCCCAUGACCCCCGUGACCCCCGUGACCCCCGUGACUGAGAGGUCGGGGAUCAUCCCGCAGCUGCAGAACAUCGUUUCCACGGUGAACCUGGGUUGUCCCCUGGACCUCAAGUUCAUCGCUCUUCAAGCCAGAAACGCAGAGUACAACCCCAAGCGCUUCGCCGCCGUCAUCAUGAGGAUCCGCGAGCCCAGGACCACGGCGUUGAUCUUCAGCUCGGGGAAGAUGGUCUGCACCGGAGCCAAGAGUGAGGAGCAGUCGCGACUGGGGGCCAGGAAGUACGCCCGCAUCGUGCAGAAGCUGGGCUUCCCCGCUCGCUUCCUGGACUUCAAGAUCCAGAAUAUGGUGGCCAGCUGUGACGUUUGCUUCCCCAUCAGGCUCGAGGGCCUGGUUCUGACCCACCAGCAGUUCAGCAGUUACGAACCCGAGCUGUUUCCGGGCCUGAUCUACCGGAUGGUGAAACCCCGAAUCGUCCUGCUCAUUUUCGUGUCGGGGAAGGUCGUCCUGACCGGAGCCAAAGAGCGAGACGAGAUCUACGAGGCCUUCGAGAACAUCUACCCAAUCUUGAGAGGCUUCCGCAAGCAGUGAGCGCCACGGCUGACCGCAUCGCUUCCUGUUUAUUUGUUGCUCGUUUUGACUUGUUUUUCUGUUGCCGUUGGGACUUUGAGUCGCUCCCAAUCCGGAGAAGAUAAAACUGAAUUAUUUGAAAAGAAACAAGUUGAA